AUGUAUAUGCUACGUCCAUUACACACAGAAUUGUUAAUGGAGGCCAAGAAAAACACCAUUAGUGUACUUAUGUUACCAUGGCUAGCCCAUGGUCACAUAAAUCCAUACCUAGAGCUAGCCAAGAAGCUUGCAAAUAGAAACUUCCACAUUUACAUUUGUUCCACUCCUGUAUGUCUAAGCUCAAUCAAGAAAAGAGUUACAGAGGAGUAUUCUCAGUCAAUAGAUUUAGUUGAUUUUCAUCUUCCAUCAUUGCCAAAUCUUCCUCCUCAUUACCACACUACCAAUGGCCUUCCACCCCAUCUCAUGACAACUCUCAAAAAUACUUUUGAAAUGAGCACUCCAAACUUUUCUAGGAUAUUACAAACUCUACAUCCAGACUUGGUUAUUUAUGACUUCAAUCUGCCAUGGGCUGCUGACUGUGCCUCCUCUGUUAACAUUCCUGCAGUGCAGUUCCUCACUUUUAGCGCAGCCGUGAUUGCUUUGGGCAUCCACAUGUAUGAUAGGCCAGGAGAAAUGUUCCCAUUUCCUGAAUUGUACCUGCGUGAACAAGAAAUACUUUCAUUGAAGAAUACUGUCCCUGGUUGGAAGUUCCCAUUCGAUGAGGGUCUUAGGCGAUCACAGGACAUUGUUCUGAUGAAAACUUGCAGAGAUUUUGAAGGGAAAUAUAUGGAUUAUCUUGCAAGUUUAGUCUCCAAGAAAAUAGUCCCAGUUGGUACACUAGUUCAAGAAUCCACCAACAAAGAUGACAGUGAGGAGAUCAUGCAAUGGCUUGACAAGAAACAUAGAGGUUCAACUGUGUUUGUUUCAUUUGGGAGUGAGUAUUUUCUAUCAAAGGAAGAAAUUCAUGAAGUAGCUCAAGGACUAGAGCUUAGCAAAGUGAACUUCGUUUGGGUCAUCAGGUUUCCACAAGGUGAAAGAAUUAACAUUCGAGAUGCAUUACCGGAAGGGUUUCUUGAACGGGUAGGAGAAAGAGGAAUAAUUAUUGAAGGAUUGGCUCCUCAAGCAACAAUUCUUCAACACACAAGCAUUGGAGGGUUCGUGAGCCACUGUGGAUGGAGUUCUUUCAUGGAAAGUAUGAAAUGUGGUGUGCCCAUAAUUGCCAUGCCUAUGCAGGGUGACCAACCAAUGAACGCUAAGCUUGUAGAAUAUAUUGGGAUGGGAAUGGAGGUAGUGAGGGACGAGAAAGGGAAACUACAAAGUGAAGAGAUUGCAAAGGCGAUAAGGAAGGUGGUAGUGGAGAAAGGUGGGGAAGCGAUGAGGAAGAAAGCUAAGGAACUGAGUGAAUAUAUGAAUGCAAAAGGGGAUGAAGAGAUAGAUGGUGUGGUGGAAGAGCUGUUGGCACUUUGUAACAACAAAUGAUCAGAAAUAAAAUUUAAGAGUUAUGACCAUUACUCCAUAAAUGUAAUUUAACUGGUUGUAUUUACAGAUCAUUUAUCCUCUUUUCUGUUUUAUCAUGGUCUUCUCCAAAAUGCCUCAUACUAUUAAGAGUAUACCUAUACCUUACAUGUACCUUCCCGAUCUUUUCAACUACCAGUAGGAUUUUGUUAGCACACUCAACAAUCUCCCAUUGAACGAAGUUCCAUGUGGCUCACUACAACAAUCCACAGUUCUCCUAGAACUAAGUUCACAUGGCCCAUUACCAAUGAUUGAUGGGUCAAUUUUUAAGAUAAACAAUCUACUACCCACAUGACUGACCAUUUAUGGUCACCGAAGCCCAGAACUAGCUUCUACUUGUGCGUGUGCGUCUCAAAGCUACCUUUGGCAUGAUAAAGUUAACAAAUCGAGCCCCAUGGCAUCACUCCACCAUCUCCAUAAUCAUAUCAUCAAAUCAUUGGUUCUGCUAUUAGUUAUUGGACUAAAAUAGCUGAAAGAUAUUCUUAACAUGGUGUGAUAUUGUCUGCUUCAGGCCAAUCCCACACGGUUUUCUCUGAAAAGUUUCACACUAGUAAGAGUAUAUCUACACCUUAUAUGUAGCUUCCCCAUCUUUUCAACUACCAUUAUAGGAUUUGUUCGCACAUUCAACAACCAGGUUUGUAUAACCCUUUUACUUCCUCGAUGGAUAAACAACUUGUUCCAGACCAGUGAGAAUGAAGACUGAAAUGCCACUGUUGCAUUUAAUUUCCCUCGAAAUGACAAAAUAGAAAAACUUGCAAAUUUAACACAUGGAAUGAUCAAUUACC